CUCCUGAGACAAGCGGGGCUGUAAGGGGUUGGUAAUGGUGGCUGGGGUGACUCUGCCUGCGGCGGGGCAGUGCUGCCGGCAUAGCCUCCAGCCCUGGGCACAACAGGCAGCCGCUUUGGAGGGACGUGAGGGAGAAGGACUGAGGGAAGAGCCCUCCCUCCUCCCAGCGGCCCGGCACGGCACAGCACAGCACAGCAGAGCCGGCCCAUGGCCGCCCGGCCAUCGCUUCCUCCUCCCCCCGCUGCUGCCGACGUGGCGGGGCGGGGAAGGAGCAGGGGGCGCGCCGGCAAGGGGACUGCUGAGCGAAUUGAAAAUGUCUGAAGACUUAGGUGAUGGCAUCCCACCUGAAGAAAAGCCUGAAGUAGUGGAAAUGCCAAGCAAUGAUGUAUUGCCUCACGAGUCAGUACCAGACCUUGUGGAGGCUGAGAUCUUGCCUACGUCUUCACAUGAGGAACAUGGACAGGCUGCUCAGAGUGCCAGUAAUGGACAGAAAGGAGGCAUAUUUAUUAAUGAAAAUCCUUUGACUGAAAAAAUAGCUGAAAAUUUGCCUUCCAGUGGAGAGCUGGCUGAAGAUAUGCCCACUGAGUGCAUUGAGACAGUAAGCCUUGAUGCAGAACCUGAAUCUGAAGAAACACCACCUGAACAAAGCAGUCCAGCCACAGACUCCUCAUCUAAAGCAAGUAGAUGGGGAGCUUGGGGUACCUGGGGCAAGUCUCUCCUGUCAUCAGCUUCUGCCACAGUGGGUCAUGGGAUAACAGCAGUAAAGGAAAAAGCAGGAACUACCCUGGGAAUUCAUAAUGCAAGUUCAGCAUCUUCAGAAGCAGCAGAGCAUCCUGCAGCUGAAACAUCAAUUAUACAAGCAGAGGAUUCUCUGGACCAAAGCUCUUCUGAGAAUAUUCCUUCUUCUCCUUCAUCUGGAUCCCGUGGGAUGUUGUCAGCUAUUACUAAUGCUGUACAGAACACAGGGAAAAGUGUAUUAUCUGGAGGCUUAGAUGCUUUGGAAUUCAUUGGAAAGACAACCAUGAAUGUCCUUGCAGAAAGUGAUCCUGGAUUUAAGAGAACAAAAACACUGAUGGAAAGAACAGUUUCUCUCUCUCAGCUGUUACGAGAAGCUAAAGAAAAAGAGAAACAGAGACGGGCCCAGCAAGUUACAGUUGAAAGGACAGCACAUUAUGGACUGCUUUUUGAUGAGUUCCAGGGUUUGUCUCAUCUUGAAGCUCUGGAAAUCUUGUCAAAUGAAAGUGAAACCCAGAUUCAGUCAUAUUUGGAAACACUUGAUGGAGAGCAGUUGGAGACUGUGAAAAAUGAUUUAAUUGCUAUAAAAGAGAUUUUCGUUCCAAAGGAAUCAGAUGAUGAAGUCGUGCAGGCACAGAAAGCAGACAUGGGAGAAGAGUUUGUGAGCAUGCUUACUGAGCUGCUAUUUGAAUUACACGUGGCUGCUACUCCUGACAAACUCAACAAGGCUAGGAAAAAAGCUCAUGAGUGGCUGGAUGAAGCCAGUUUUUCCACCUCAGUAGAAAUAGAAGAGAAGCUAAACGAAAAACCUGGAGAACCUGAUGAAGAAAAGACUGAAAAAGGAGAAGAUAAAAUUGACAGUGAUAAAACAGAAGUCCAUAAGAACAAAACUGUGGAGGAAAUCUACAUGCUGUCCAUUGAAAGUCUGGCUGAGGUAACGGCUCGCUGUAUUGAACAGCUUCAUAAAGUAGCAGAAUUAAUUCUACAUGGACAGGAAGUAGAAAAAACAGCUCAAGAUCAAGCAAAAGUACUGACAAAUGUUACAAGUGCCAUGUGCAACGAAGUUUCAUCUUUAUCAAAGAAGUUUUCUGAUUCUUUAACAGCAGCUGGGAGCAGUAUGAAGGCAGAAGUUCUCAACCCCCUCAUCAACAGCGUGCUGUUAGAGGGUUGCAACAGUACUACUUAUAUCCAGGAUGCUUUCCAGCUACUGCUUCCAGUUCUGCAAAUUUCACAUAUCAAGACCAGUUGUCUGAAAGCACAAGAGUGACAGUUCCCCAGCAGUUGUGACCACUGGGCUUAAGAGAAACCACAGACCUAAUCCCUUUAAUGUAUGCAGAUAGGAGAGAUGGUAUGAAAGACUUCUGGCCACUUAGAGUCCUUUGAAGACACUAAACGCGGUUUUGCACAUACAAUAUUGAGCAACUUUUUAAUACUCUUUUAGACUUUUUGACUUUAGAAGUAUUUAGAAAAGUAAUUUCUUUUCCGUUAGAGUAUAUCCUUUGUAUUAAUUUAAACUGAAUCAAUAGUUAGUUGAUGUUAGUAUUGACAUAAAACCAGUUUUAAAUGUUUACCCUUUCAGUUGUAGACAGGGUGAAGCAAAUUAAAAUGUAGAGCUUUUUUUAAACAUUUCAGCCCAAAUGACCAUUUUUAUUCUUUGCUCCCUAACUUCCAGUUAAAAAUGUAUAUUUCAAAAGUUGGUUUCAGUAUUUAAUUUUAGCCAACAAGAACAAAUUAUCAUGGUGUUGCAGUCAUUAAAUAUUAUUUACAACAGUAAAUAAUAACCUUGUAAAAAUCAGUACCACUUACAUUACACUUUGUGUUAAAGGAGUUGUACGGUAACAGGCAUUAACUUUGCUGAAUUAAAAUUCUGGAGGCUAUGCAUACAGAGUUAUCCUGAAAACAAAUUGUCUGAGCCAGUUAGAGUACGGGUAAAGCUCUAUAUUUGCUGACCCAUAAUUUCAUAUUCAUUUAUGUCUAUCUCUUAAUUCCAACUGGCUGAACAACAUUGCGGGCAAAGCAAUUUUUCAAAUAUGUAAGGAACAGAAAACUUCUCUUCUUUUGUUUGUUCAUGAAACACCCCCGAAAUAGUCUCAUCUCAGAUGUGUAACUAGAAUACCCCUUUGGGUUUUAACUUGGUGUUGAAACAUUUUUAACCUUUUUAUAAAAUUGAGUUAAUCACACCAGCAAGUCAGAAAUACAGUUUUGGGCAUAAAAAAUGAGGUCAUGAAGAGACAAUUGCUUUGGGUGGGGAGGUCAUGUGUCAGAACAAUCACCUUUUCUCUGAGGCAGUGGCUAGACAAAAUAUAACUGAGCAGCAGGAAUGACAUUUCAGAAUAACACUAACAACCGUGAUAAUUUGUCCAUACCCUUAUCUUAAAAUCCUGAGCUGUGAAUCUCAGAGUCUGCUUAGCCUAGUUUAUCUUGAAGACAGGAAGAACCUCCCAGUAUUUUAUGUAGCCUGUUCUCCUCGAUUUUCAUUGUUUAAUACAUUUCUCACAGCUAUUUUUGUAUUUUUUUUCCUCUUGAUACACUCACAAAUUGCAUUUAAAUGUUUUUAAUUGUAGCUUACAUCUGAAUAUGUUUAAUCAUAGAAGCAUAGUUCAUACAUUGUAAAAAUAAUGGAAUAGAACAUGAGGAAAUACUUUCCUGUCUGCUAGAAAUGAAAAACCAUGUAUAUGCUUUGCAUAUGGUAACUUCUGUGGAUCCAUAAGCAGUGACAGAAAGGUCUGUCUGUAUCACAUGCUGUUGUGAUCCCUGUUCUGCAGUCACAUGCACUGUGACUUUCCAAUCUUUUGGUAUUUAAAGAUGAAAUUUUCACUAUCACUGCAAUACAGAUUGUUACUCAAAAUGUAUUUUCUGCCACCCUGUAAUUUUAGAAAUCAGAGAUUUCUUUCUGGGCAAAUAGAAAGGGUACAGUCUUCAAAUCCACUUGCACAGAAUGUUUAAUAAAAGUACUGGGAACCAAAAUAAGCAAGCCCCUUGGCAGCUGAAAAGGCAAAGAAAGCUUGGCAUUCACUGGUAUUUAUGUCAUAUUGAACAGCUAACAGUACUACAACAUGGUAAAAAAAAAAAAAAAAAAAACACUAAAAAUUGUAACUGGCAAGCAGACUCGCUAGCUGAAAGGUAGCCCACUAGCCAUUAUAUCUUUGCCACUUCCAUCUGAAAUGGCUUUAUUUCUGAAAGCAUAUUUUCAAAUGAAACAUUUUUUUUCUUACCCAGUGCUUCUACACUUGGAAAAUAAAUGUGUUUCUCUGUAGUAGUCCUUUCUGGCUACUGGAAGAGAUGCAGCACAUGCAUGAGUACUACUUGGCCAGGAGUCAUUCCUCUAUAUACGCUUGGCCCAGAAUAACUCCUUAGUGUGGAUUUCAGAAGAGUAUGUGCUUUCUCCAUGCAGCUUGGCCAUGAGCAGUUUACAGCUGUGGAUCUGGACACCAGUUUAAACAUUCAGUGGCUUGUAAAAAGUCCUGUUUGUUUAAAGCUUUCUUUCUGUUGUUCUACACUGGCAAGCAGAAUAAUAUAUGUGGUUAAAACCUUGUUUGUUUUUCAAACAAAGACUGAUAAGAAAGUCUAGUGCUUUCGACUAUCAAUCAUUACAAGUUGGAGUUAUUUUUGCUUUAAUUUGAUCAUAACUUGUUGUCAGGAAGCCUUUCUGCCCACGUUGGAAUAGAGCUUUACAUCCUAUCAGGUACCUGUAUGUGUGGUAUUACUGCCCAGGGAAUCAUCCAAAGAACAUAGCAAUAGCUCUUUUGUAUUGCUUCUAUGCCAAGUUCAUGUUUUCUGACAUAUAUGAUUUUAGCAACUUUUUUCUUAUGGAUUUUUUUUUUCUCUGAAAUGUGGUGCAGAAUAUAUAGUGAUAAACCUGUCAGAAAAAAUGUGAUAACUAACAGUGGUGCUUUUUAGCAGAGGCUGAACAAUACAGUAUUAGAAGCCCUAGGGGAUUGUGUUUGAAAUCAUUGAGGGGCAUUCUUAAGACAAAGAUUGCUUGUCUGAAAUAUUCCUUAGGAGAGGUCUGUCUUGCUUAAAUUAUGUAUGUAUUGUGUAAGGUACCUUCCUUAAAGUAAAAGAAGUUAUAAAAAAAUAACAGUGUAGAAUUGAGUAUUCACAUCCAUACAGUGUAGGAAGAGAAACAGGGACAAACGGGAGCACAGGGAUACUCCAUCUGAUCUCAGAUUUAUCCCAGGAAAACUGAAGGCGAAAUCUUUAAAUCAGUUUUAGGCAAACAAUAUUUCAGUAGAAAAGUACUGUGUAGAUGUAACCAGAAUAUUUUGUUUACACUGGUUUGUAUUUUUCCAUCAAUCAAAUAAAUCAUUUGAGAUACUGAA